ACAUAGUGGGGAUUGGCGCCACGUCCUCUUUCAUCUAUCGCAUUGCUUUUCUCCCCGUCCCCUUCUCUCCUCUAACCAAAGAGAGAGAAAAAGGCAAAAUUGCAAAACACGUUCUUCAUCAUUUCACACAGCACACGAAGAAAAGAAAAAAGCUAGUAUGAAAUGAAAUCUCAAAAUUCUUUGAACAGGUAAAAAUCUAGGGUUUUUGGAAAGCCGAAUCCCCAACCACAUCGUUCAUCUCUUCUAUAAUGGCGACUCCAUUGUCGAGUUUAGAAGCGGGUGGAGGAGGUGUAGUCAUUAUGGCAGGUCCUUUGAACCCAAUCGAUCGAUCCACGCCCUCCAAAUGUUGCUUGAAAAACUCUGCCUCUAAAUCUCCCAUUCUCAUCUUCUUGUUCUUCCACAAGGCAAUCAAGGCUGAGCUCGACGGCCUCCAUCGAGCCGCCAUGGCUUUUGCCACCAACCACCACGACACUGAUCUUACUUAUUUGUUGGAGAGAUAUCAUUUCCUUCGUACCAUAUAUAAGCACCAUUGCCAAGGCGAAGAUGAGGUCAUCUUUCCAGCUCUUGAUAUACGAGUGAAAAAUGUGGCUCCAACAUAUUCACUUGAACAUGAGGGUGAAAGUAUCCUUUUUGAUCAGUUGUUUGCGUUGCUGAAAUCAGAUAUGCAGAAUGAUGAAAGCUAUCGAAGAGAGUUAGCCUCUUGCACUGGAGCCCUUCAGACAUCAAUUACUCAGCAUAUGUCCAAGGAAGAGGAACAGGUAUUCCCCUUGCUUAUUGAGAAGUUCACAUUUGAAGAGCAGGCAUCAUUGGUAUGGCAAUUUCUUUGCAGCAUACCCGUUAAUAUGAUGGUGGAGUUUCUUCCAUGGCUUUCCUCCUCUAUAUCAUCUGAUGAACAUCAAGAUAUGCGCAAGUGCUUGAGCAAGAUAAUUCCAAAAGGGAAACUUCUUCAGCAGGUUGUUUUCACCUGGAUGGAAGGUGUAAAGACAGCUGAGAAGUGUAAAAGUUGCAAAGACGAUUCCAAGGCUCGAUGUGAAGCUUCCGGGACUAGUGUCUUACCCAGUCAAUUUGAGAGUGGUCACUGUGCAUGUGAAUCUUCCAAAAGUAGUAAAAGGAAAUGCAUGGAGCUAAGUUCUAGUCCUAAGGAUUCCACUCUGUCCUGUCCUAUAGAUGAAAUGAUGCUUUGGCAUAAUGCUAUUAAAGGAGAAUUGAAUGAUAUAGCUGAGUCUGCUAAGAAGAUACAACUCUCUGGUGAUUUUUCUGUUUUAUCCAGCUUCAACAAGAGGUUGCAAUUCAUUGCUGAAGUAUGCAUCUUUCACAGUAUUGCUGAGGAUAGAGUUAUAUUCCCUGCUGUAGAUGCAGAACUAUCAUUUGCUCAGGAGCACGCGGAGGAAGAAAUGCAAUUUAACAAGCUCAGAUUCCUUAUUGAAAAUAUACAAAGUGCACGAGCCAACUUGUCUUCUGCUGAAUUCUAUGCAAAAUUAUGCUCACAGGCUGGUCAAAUAAUGGAUAGCAUACAGAAGCAUUUUCAUAGUGAAGAAGUACAGGUGCUUCCACUUGCUCGAAAGCAUUUUAGCCCUCAAAGACAGAGAGAACUUCUUUAUCAGAGCUUAUGCAUGAUGCCCUUGAAAUUAAUUGAGCGUGUCUUACCAUGGUUGGUAGGAUCGUUAAGUGAAGAAGAAGCUGGGUUUUUCCUUCAAAAUAUGUAUUUGGCAGCUCCACCAUCAAACUCUGCAUUGUUUACAUUAUUUUCUGGUUGGGCAUGCAAAGGUCGCUCUAUAGAUGUUUGUCUGUCUUCCAGUGCAAUUGGUGGUUGUCCUGCAAGAAUACUUACUAGAAUGCGGAAAGAUACUGACCAACCAUUCUGUGCAUGCACAUCUAUCUGUUCUACUGAGGAAAGGCCAAUGUGUGUUCAAGCAGAUGAUAAUAAAAGGCCAGUAAAGCGUGGAAAUUUAUUUUCAUCAGAAGACUCUGAUUCUUUGCAGUUGACAGGAAUAAUAGAUAGUUAUAAAUUAUCAUGUCAUAAUCAGUCUUGUUGUGUCCCAGCUUUAGGAGUGAAUAGCAGUAAGCUGGGCAUGAGUUCUCUGGCUGCAGCAAAAUCUCUGCGGUCAUUAUCUUUUGCUCCUUCUGCUCCCUCCCUCAACUCCAGUCUUUUUAACUGGGAAACAGAUAUAAGCUCUACUGAUGUUGGACCCCAAAGACCUAUUGAUAAUAUAUUCAAAUUUCAUAAAGCCAUCCGUAAAGAUUUGGAAUAUUUGGAUGUUGAAUCUGGAAAGCUUAAUGAUUGCAAUGAGACUUUCCUUAGGCAGUUCACUGGCAGAUUUCGCUUGUUGUGGGGUUUAUACAGAGCUCACAGUAAUGCAGAAGAUGAUAUUGUAUUUCCAGCACUAGAAUCUAAGGAGACUCUUCAUAACGUUAGCCACUCUUAUACUCUGGAUCACAAACAGGAGGAGAGGCUUUUUGAAGAUAUUUCAUCUGCACUUUCCAAGCUUACACAACUUUGUCAAUGCUUGAGCAAUAGCAAUGUGUAUGAUAACUUGAAUGAAAUUAACUCUGAUUCUUUUGAGCAAAAUGAUACAAUGCAAAAGUACAUUGAGAAAGCCACAAAGCUUCAGGGCAUGUGCAAAUCCAUCAGAGUAACUCUGGAUCAACAUGUGUUCCGGGAGGAACUUGAGCUCUGGCCAUUGUUUGAUAGACAUUUUUCUGUGGAGGAGCAGGACAAAAUUGUUGGUCGAAUAAUUGGUACUACAGGCGCAGAGGUGCUCCAGUCAAUGUUGCCAUGGGUAACUUCUGCUCUUACUCAAGAGGAGCAGAACAAAAUGAUGGACACAUGGAAACAGGCAACGAAGAACACAAUGUUCAGUGAGUGGCUUAAUGAAUGGUGGGAAGGAACUUCUGCUGCAUCUUCACCUACAUCAACAUCUCAGAGUUGUAUUUCCCUAGACACUGAUGUACAUGAAAGCCUUGAUCAGAGUGAUCUCACUUUUAAACCUGGCUGGAAGGAUAUCUUUCGGAUGAAUCAGAAUGAACUUGAAGCUGAGAUCAGAAAAGUUUCUCGGGAUUCAACUCUUGAUCCAAGGAGAAAAGCUUAUCUUAUUCAAAAUCUUAUGACCAGUCGCUGGAUAGCUGCUCAGCAGAAGUCUCCUCAAGAGACAGAAAUUGAAGGUUCAAAUGGUGAAGACUUACUUGGAUGCUCUCCAUCUUUCAAAGAUCUAGAGAAACAGGAAUUUGGAUGUGAACAUUACAAAAGAAAUUGCAAACUCCGUGCUGCUUGCUGUGGUAAAUUGUAUGCAUGCAGGUUUUGCCAUGACAAAGUCAACGACCAUUCAAUGGAUAGGAAGGCUACAACGGAAAUGAUGUGCAUGAGCUGCCUGAAAAUACAGCCUGUUGGACCAGUUUGCACAACACCUUCAUGUGGUGGGCUCUCAAUGGCAAAGUACUAUUGCAGCAUCUGCAAAUUUUUUGAUGAUGAAAGAACUGUCUACCAUUGCCCUUUCUGCAAUUUAUGCCGUGUUGGAAAGGGACUUGGUGAUGAUUUCUUCCAUUGCAUGGUAUGCAAUUGCUGUCUUGCCAAGAAGUUGGUGGACCACAAGUGUCGAGAAAAAGGUCUAGAAACAAACUGUCCUAUCUGCUGUGAUUUUUUGUUCACAUCAAGUGAAAGCGUGAGAGCACUUCCAUGUGGCCAUUUCAUGCAUUCAGCAUGCUUUCAGGCAUAUGCAUGCAGUCACUACAUCUGCCCUAUAUGUAGCAAAUCAAUGGGAGACAUGGCGAAUGUCUUCAUGGAUUCUUUUGCAGAGACCUUUAACUCCCCUAUCAACAUUUUUAGCCAAAUUUCCUCACAUAUGCCAUGAGACAUAGCUUUAAACUUAGCUUCCGCGCUACUUUUAGCCACCACAGAUUGCUUCUUGCUUUGCCAAGUGACCAAAUUUCCCCACAAAUAGGUACAAUAACUAGUAGUUGAUCUUCGGUCUGUAACGGAUCUAGCCCAAUCAGCAUCAAUGUAAAUUUCAACAUUUCGACGUGAUGUCUUCUUAAAAAAUAACCUUUUGCCAGGACUUUCUUUAGGUACUGUAAGAUUCGAAACACAACCUUCAAGUGUUCCUUGGUUGGGUUCUUCAUGAAUCUACUUACCAUGCUAACUGAAAAAUUGAUAUCUGGUAUUGUAUGAGAAAGCUAGAUGAGUUGCCUUACAAGUCUUUGAUAUCUGUCCUUAUCUUUAGGUGUACUUCCUUCUUCCAUUCCCACCUUAUUCACUGUGUUUAUAAGGGUGUCAGCAGGUUUGCAUCUAAGUGUUCCAAUUUCCUUUAGUAAGUCUAGGACAUAUUUACGUUGUGAAACAGAGAUACCAUUCCUUGAGUGAGCUACCUCCAUGCCAAGAAAAUAUUUGAGGUGUCCUAAAUCUUUAAUUUUGAAUUCGUUGGUUAUAAGGUUUUUAAGGUUGCUAAUUUCUUCCACAUAGUUUCCAGUAAGAAUAAUGUCAUCCACAUAGGCAUUAAGAAUGGCUAUUUUUCCUUAAGGUGAAUGUUUGACAAACAUGGUGUGAUCGGUCUGGCAUUGUGAAAAAUCAUACUUUUUUACCAUUUUUGUUAGUCUAUCAAACCAUGCACGUGGGGAUUGUUUGAGACCAUAUAAAGACUUAUGAAGUUUACAUACCUGCCUAAAUUGUCCUGGUUUUUGAAUCCUAGAGGGAUUUUCAUGUAAACUUCUUCUUCUAGGUCACCAUUAAGAAAGUCAUUUUUGACAUCUAGUUGGUGGAGUGGCCAAUCUAGAUUUGCUGCCAAUGAUAAUAACAUCUGGAUUGAAUUAAGUUUAACAACCGGAGCAAACACCUCCUCAUAGUCAACACUAUAAGAUUGAGUAAAUCCUUUUGCAACAAGGCGAGCUUUGGAUAUAUUAAUACUUCCAUCUGCAUUGUACUUGAUAGUAAAAAUCCAUUUACACCCAAUUGGAUUUUUCCCUUUGGAUAGUUUUGAAAUCUCCCAUGUUUUGUUCUUUUCUAGGGCCCUGGUUUCCUUUAGAACAACCAUCUUCCAUUUUGGUUGCAUGAGUGCUUUAUGAAUAUUAUUGGGAAUCUGCAUAUUGUUUAGUGUGGUAACAAAAGCCUCGUGAUAAACCUUCAUAAAAAAUCAUAUUACAGAUUAGAUGUUGAGUACAUGAUCUCACACCUUUCCUUAGAGCGAGCAGUUGAUCAAGAUCAUCAAAAGAUUCAAUUGAAUCAUCCAGUAAAAGUGUUACUUGUGUUGGUUUUCAACAUUUGGAUUUUGGUUUUGAAUUAAGUUUGGAUCAUAUUAUUGAAGUUUUGGAAUAGCUGGCCACUUUUUAUUUUUCUUUCAUAAGGAAUACCCAAGUAACCUUGGUGUUAUCAUCAAUAAAUGUGACAAACUAACUGGAAUCAGUAAUGUUAUUUACUCUGGAGGAACUCCAAAUGUCACUGUGUGUCAUGGAAAAAAGAUGGGAUGCUUUGUAAAACUAAUUAAGAUAUAUGGUACGGGGUAUGUUUGGAUAGUUAGCAGAUUUCAUACUGAAAGUUGUUAGGAUUUUUAUUGAAUAAUGAGAGAAACAACUUUUAGAGGUACAAAAAAUUUGGAUGACCUAACCGAUAAUGCCACAACAUGAUAGUAUUAUCUUUAUUAUUAUUGGAGGAUCACACGAGGUAUUCUGAUAUUGUCUUUCAAAAUCAUUAACUUUUAAGAUAUAGGAUCCUGCACACAUCUUCGCAUUACCAUUCAUUUUCUUUGAGUCCAAAUCUUGAAAUUCACACAUAUAUGGAAGAAAUUUAGCAACACACUUAAUGUCUCUUGUAAGUUUGCUUAUUAUAGAUAAUAGAUUGCAACUUAGAUUUGGGACAAAUAAAACAGAAUCAAGUGUUAUCUCUUUGGAAAUAAUAAUAGAACUUGUACCGGUUAUUUUUUAAAGUGACCCAUCAGCGAUUCAAGUUGUGAAGUUUUCAUGACAUGGGUUGUAUUUACUAAAUACAGAUGCAUCUCCAGUCAUAUGGUUUGAAGCACUUGAAUCCACAAUCCAUAAAUUUUAUUUCUCUAGUUUUACACUCAAGGCACUUAAAAAAUUACCUUUUUGUGCUAAAGAACCUGUUCGAAUAGGAGUGGUAAUGUUAUGCAAUAAUUGGGAAACGCUAGCUUUGGGGUUAGAGGUAACCUUUGAUGUUGGGCUCUCCAUUCCGCUGGCCAUGCUGGACUCCGAGUGAAAAUUUUCAAAAGUUCAAAUUGUGCUUUAAUACCAUAAAGAAAUCUCUUGAAUAAAACUAUUUUAUUUUUCUAAAUUUUUUUAUUAUAAUGCUAGAAUUGCACGAAAAUAUAUAGGUUAAAGAUUGAAUAUUUUCAGUUUUGAAACCAAAGAUUUUUAUGCAUUAAAAAUAGCUAAUCAAAGGAGUAAUUUAUCUUCUACACAUAAUGAGAAAAUAUAUAAUGGAUUUGGUGUAAUUACCAAAUGACUCCUUAUACUAAAAAUAAGAUACUAAAAUAAAAUAGACAAAGUCAAUUAAUCAAGUAAUAAUAAAGAUUAGAUUUUCACAAAAGCUUACUACUAGUUCAAGUUAUUACUGCAUAUAACAUUGUUUUAGAAUUUCAUUAGGGUUUAGAGAGGUUGAUAUUAUGCUUUAGGUUUGGGCAUUUUUAUUUGUUUGUGUAACUUAUAUAAUUAUUAUCAAAGUAAAUUGCACCCAUCACCCACCUUACCUAAAGUUCAACUUAAAUAUCCUACUUGACCUUAUAGUUUGGAAUUUCACAAUUUUAUCCUCAAAAUUUCAAUUUGCAUCAAGAAUAUCCUUCCAUCAAUCAAACCAUUAAAAACACUUAACUUAGGUUUAGUUUGGUUUUGCUGUUGCAAUUGAAAAAAGCGUAGUUUGGAAAAAGUGUGUUUAAAAUGUGUUGUGAAAAAUAAGUGUGAAAGAUUGUGGUUUAAGAUAUUGAAGUGUUUGGCAUAGCUUUGAAAAAUGUUGUGAAAAAUUAAAAUGUUUAAAAAAAUGAUGUUGAAAAAUAAAUAAUAAGUCAU